GAGUUCACACAAACUUUUGUUGAAUCUAGAGAAAAAUGCAAGAGUAACAUUUCGGUAGAUCUCCAUAAACGUGCACAACAAAAUGUUGUUUUGACAAACGAUUUGUUUGCAAACAGAAUUCCGGGAAGACAACCGGUAAGAAACUGAUCUCCGACAAUGACCUCCAUCAGUGGGUUUCAUUUCCUGUGCCGUGUUUGUGCCAAACCUUUCGAGAGCAGCGCCAUGGUCCGGAUGUUUAACGAGCGGAAUAAGCCCCUCCCCCUAGCGGAAGCCUUCUGGCGUGUGUCGGAAAUCGAUAUCCAUGCGGAAAAUUCCAGAUUUCCACAAAGUUGCUGCGCUAGGUGCCAGGACCGGUUGCAGGAGGUUGAGGAUUUGAGGGCGCUCUGUCUGGAAUCGGAUAGGAAAUUACGCAAAAUGAUUGGCAUUGGCUUAAAAGAGGAGGAAGAGGGCGAGGAUAUCGGGAUGAGUAACGUAACUGCUGUUCCCAAGGUCGAGGUGCAAGAAGUUCCCGAAUCGUAUUCAUGCUGGGAAGACAUGGAAAACAGAUUCAAUUCAAGCGAAGAGGAAAGUGAUACGGAAAAAUCUCCGAAGAAAGCCAGGAAACCACGAACUAAAGAACUAAGGCUCGGAGAGAGGACGGAUGAUGCAGCCAAAAUAGGAGCAUUUCCUGCUUCGGACUUUGAACCAAACGCUGCAGAAAAGAAAUCUAAAGGUAAAACCAAGACCAAACCUAAGACGAAACGACAAUCUAAAACUUUAGAAGAAAGAACCGCGUCAAACUCAAAGGAAAAGACUGCCAAAGGACCACAGUCUUACCAGUGCACGUUGUGCGGUAAAAUUUAUAAAUCCAGCAACAAUCUGAGGGAACACGAAACAACUCACUUCCCGGACAGAAAGAACCACAAAUGCCACAUCUGCUCGCAAGAGUUCGCCCGGCGAAACUACUACCUCCGACACAUGAAAAUGCACCAAACGGAGAACCAAUUCAAAUGCAACGAGUGUGACAAAAUCUACCCGUCGGAUAAAAAGCUACAGGAGCACAUCCGCAUCACACACCGUGGCGAGCGUCCAUUCCAGUGCAACAUUUGCUCGAAAACAUUCCCGCGAUCAUUUACGCUGAACCAUCACGUGCAGGCAGUCCACGAGAAGAUCAGGAAAAAGACGUUCAGAUGUGAAAAAUGUACGCGGACGUUUGAAAGCAAAACCGCCUACGAGCGGCACAUGAACAGCCAUGAAGGAAUUAAGCUGAACCAAUGUUCGCAUUGUGGUAAAAACUACGAAUUUAAAGCGUAUCUGUUGCAGCACAUAGCCGAGAAACAUCCGGAAACGGUGGAGAAUCUCAGCCGGUGUCAGUUUUGUGGGGUUGGGUACAGUACGGAUGGAUACUACCGAAAGCAUAUCGUCAAAAGGCAUCUGGAGCACUUGGAAGCAUUUGAUAAGUGGAUGAAGGCGAAACCGGAAGCCUUCUGGCGAGUGUCGGAAAUCGAGAUCCAGGUGGAAGAUUCAAGAUUCCCGCAAAGCUGUUGCCUUCGGUGCCGGGACCGGUUGCAGGAGGUUGAAGAUUUAAGGGCGCUGUGCUUGGAAUCGGAUCGGAAGUUGCGGAAAAUGAUUGGCGUUGGCUUGAAGGAGGACGAAAAUGUGGAGGACAUAGGAAUUGGUCACAUUGAAUCGUUUCCCAAGGUAGAAGCAUUCGACAUUUCCGAAUCGUACUCGUGUUGGAACGAUGCGGAGGGCAGACUGGAUUCCAAUGGAGAAGCCGACAUCGAAGGAUCUAGUAGGAGCGCUGAUACGGUAGGAGAUACGACGAAUAAAAAUGAGUUUCUUGAUUCGAUAGACGAUGCCAACAAAGGGAACGAUGCUGACGCAGUGAAAGAAACUCCAAAAAAGAUUGUUAAGAGAAAGACUAAGCCUAAGGUGAAACGAAUUCCUAAAACUCUGGAAGGGACGGAGAACCAAACUCCAAAAUCGAAGCCUUCAAGAAAACCAAAGUCAUUUCAGUGCACGUUGUGCGGUAAAAUCUACAAAUCCAUCAAAAGUCUCCGAGAGCACGAAACAAGCCACUACCCAGACAGGAAGAACCACAAAUGCCCCAUUUGCUCACAGGAGUUUGCACGACGGAAGUACUACUCAACGCAUCUCAAAAUGCACCGAACGGAAAACCAAUUCAAAUGCAACGAAUGUGACAAAGCGUUCCACGAGGACAAGCUGCUGCAGGAGCACAUCCGCACCAAGCACCGUGGCGAACGACCCUACCAGUGCAAAUUGUGUCCAAAAACGUACACACGUUCUUCGUCGUUGUUCGUGCACGUUCAGAUAAACCACGAAAAUAUCAAGAAAGCGUUGUACAGAUGUGACAAAUGUACAAAGUCGUUCCUAAACAGACAUCACUAUGAACGUCACGUGAACAGCCACGAAGGAAUAAAGCUGAAUCAAUGUCCUCAUUGCGGUACCAAGUACGAGUACAAGGCGUACCUGGUGCAGCACAUAGCCGAGAAACAUCCGGAAACGGUAGAGAAUCUAAGCCGGUGUCAGUAUUGUGGGGUAGGGUACAGUACGGAUGGAUACUACCGGAAACACAUCGUCAAGAGACAUCCGGAACAUUUAAGAUAUUUUGACCAAUGCAUGAAGGAAAAACGUGAUGCCAUGACUGCUGGAUCGCAAUCUCCAAUCACAGCAAAUCAAGAUGCUGGUGGAUCUUCAAGUUAAAUAAUGUUUUGGCAUGUUAUAAAUUGUUAUUUGAAAUUAAUUUAAUUCUCAGUUGCAAUAAAAGAAUUAGGUUCAAUUUGUGCAUUUUUAUCUCCAACCAAAUGUUAAAGGUUGAAUUUUAUUGUUCCGCAUCGUAAUAAAAUACAUAAAAUAUAAAUUUACGUUUCGUAU